AUGAAAAGCGAACGCGAGAAAUAUAAAGAAAGUUUUGAAAAUUUAUUAAAAGACAGAGCUUUUCUCUAUGAUUACGAUUUUGGAGCCAAUUCGUCAAGUGCAGACCGAGUAUGCAUAGAUAGAUAUCUGUUGUGGUUAUUAUUAGAAAAAAAGCGGGUCGAUGAAUAUAACCAGUUAUUGGAAAUGGAAGUUAUUGACCGCUUCAUCAAAUCGGUUGCUGAAGCCCCUGAAGAAUAUAUUUAUAAAGUAGGAAGUGAAGAACAAGCGGUAGAGGCGUUAAAUAAAACAGGUCUAGAUGGCUCAUUAGUGAUAACCGAUUUUGUAGAAGAACUAAAUGAGGAAUAUCGUCUUUUCCUCAUUAAACAUGCUGGGAAAAUUGAAUUUUUGUUAUGUCUAAAAAAACAAAGAACAGACUCGACUCUUACAGAGGAGUUUGAAAUAGCCACUAAUAUUUUUCGCAUGCUAGACUUGAAUUUUGGCUACAUAGAAAUAGCCCGAAACGACAAAGGAUAUCUAGUUAUGGAAACGAAUUCCCGACCGCUAGUUAAAUUAUUUGAAUAUUGUACUAAAAUCGAGUCUGAAAAAUAUGCUAAAUUG